CUGAAAGGAAGCCGUUUUGGCCUGUUUUUCUAUGAUAAAGCCUCCUGGUUUUAGACCAAAAUGGAGCAAUUUCGGCAGAUCGGGGAGGUGCUGGGAAGUUUGAAGGCUUUGAUGGUAUUUCGUGACAACAUCCAAAUCAACCAGAGGCAAUGCAUUUUGUUACACGAUAUGUUUAGUUUUGCAUACAAAUCGAUAGCGGAGGAAAUGAGAGAGAACCUGAAAUUUGAAGAAAGGAACAUGAAAUGGAAAGUUCUUGAAAUGCCCUUAAGAGAGCUUCAUAGGGUUUUCAAAGAAGCGGAAGCCUACAUCAGGCAGAGCUUGGAGCCCAAAGACUGGUGGGCUAAAGCCAUAACUCUCUAUCAGAAUUCCGAUUGCGUUGAGUUGCAUAUCAAUAACUUGUUUUCCUGCAUUCCGGUUGUCAUUGAAGCAAUCGAAACUGCAGCAGAAUUAUCUGGUUGGGAACUAGAUGAAAUGCAAAAGAAAAGACGGGUGUACUCAAAUAAGUACCAUAAUGAAUGGAUGGAUCCUCAACUUUUCCAGUGGAAAUUUGCAAAGCAGUACCUUGUUACUCAAGAUUUUUGCAACAGGGUUGAAACUGUUCGGAAAGAAGAUAGAUGGAUCCUUCUAAAUAAAAUCCAGGAAAAGAAAAACUCAAGUUCGAGAAAGGAGGAGCGCAAACUUGCAGAGUUGCUUUUGAGAAACUUGGAUGGUUCAGAGUCUUUGACUGGGAAGUUUUUACCGAGUUCAAUCCUACUGCGUUCCAAGGACUAUCAGGUUAGACGGCGACUUGGAAAUGGGAGUCAAUAUAAGGAGGUCUACUGGUUAGGUGAAAGCUUUGUUUUGAGACACUUUUUUGGAGAUGUAGAAGCAGUAGCUCCAGACAUUUCUUCUUUAUUGUCUCUUUCCCACCCAAAUAUACUGCAUUUCCUUUGUGGAUUUACUGAUGAUGAAAAGAAGGAAUGUCUUUUGGUUAUGGAACUAAUGAAUAAAAGCCUCUGCAAGUAUAUAAAAGAGAUUUGUGGCCCAAGAAAACGAAUACCAUUUUCUCUUCUGGUUGCUGUUGAUCUAAUGCUUCAGAUAGCAAGAGGAAUGGAAUAUCUCCACUCAAAUAAAAUCUGCCAUGGUGAUUUAAAUCCUUCCAAUAUUCAUGUUAAGUCAAGAGGAACGUCUACAGAAGGGUACAUGCAAGCAAAGGUUUCAGGAUUUGGGUUAUCUUCCAUAGUUAAUUUAGCACAAAAGAGCACACCCAACCAGAAUGAAACCCAGCCGUUCAUCUGGCAUGCUCCAGAGGUUCUAGAAGAGCAAGAACUGCCAGGAAGUAAAGGGAAUUCAAAGUACACAGAAAAAGCUGAUGUGUACAGCUUUGGAAUGAUUUGCUUUCAGCUUCUAACAGGAAAAGUCCCAUUUGAAGACAGCCAUCUUCAAGGGGACAAAAUGAGCCGAAACAUUAGGGCAGGGGAGAGGCCACUAUUUCCUUUCCAGUCAACAAAAUCUGUAACAAACCUGACCAAGAGAUGCUGGCAUGCUGAUCCAAAUCUACGGCCUAGCUUCCCAUCAAUCUGCAGAAUUCUUCGGUAUGUAAAGCGGUUCCUUCUACUGAACCCUGAUUACAACAGCCAGUCAGAAUUACCAAUGCCAAUGGUGGAUUACUGUGACAUUGAUUCAAGGCUUCAACGGAGAUUCCCCACAUGGGAGGCUUCUAAACCAUUACCCACAUCAGAAAUCCCUUUUCAGAUGUUUGUUUAUAGAGUACUGGAAAAACAGAAAAUGGGUGCUACUCCCAAAGACACAUCAGAAUCAGGAAGUGAUAGAACUUCAGUUAGUGGCGAUGAAAACGUGACUGCUGAUGACUCAUUGUCAUCAGUAACCGAGAGAAGGUCCUUGCCUUCACCUGAACCAAUGCCCAGGAAACUUUCAACAUUGAAGAAAUCUCCGGAUCUUAGAGCAAAACGUCCAGUGACACCGAAAGGAAGAUCAUCAAGACCUCCUCCAAUGACUCAUUAUGGGCGCAGUUUAAGAAUGAAAUCAGAAAGCCAGCUACUUCUAACAAGUCCUAGAUUACUGAGAGCAGCAUCUGGUCAUGCCUCGGAUUCUGAGCUCCCCUAUUCUUCAACAAGUUGAUUGCUUAAACACAUAAAGAAAGCUAUUGAUCUAGUUUUCAGUGGUGAACAUAAAUAAUAACAAACGCACAUAUGGCCUCUAGCUGAAGAUGGAACAGAGACAAAGAUAGGAUUCAUACAGCCAAUCCUAAAGAGUUGGAGAGAGAGCAACAUGGAACGGCCUGAUGACGAAACAAAGCAUGAAAGUAAGAUUGCAUUAGGUGAUGAGGAGAAGGUGCAAGACGGUGAAGUUGAUGGUUUGCGGGAGCCCAACGCAACAUUUCUUACUGAUUUGAAUCUCCUGAUGCUGGCUCUUUCACUAAGCUCAGUAUGCAACGAAGAUUGCAUAAAUUUGGUUGACAAAGAGAAGAAAGACAUAAAGGAUCAUGAAGCUAAUACGAGCAAGGCCUGUAUUCCCAGGUUACAUGCUAGGAAACGGGAAACUAACGACGUAAAGCUCAUGAAACGACGAACGCAAAAGGCCCAGACAAUACCCAAGGAUUUCAGACAUUGCAGAAAUCUGUAGACGGGAAUGUCAUAAAUAAAAGAGCGAAAACAAUGGAAAAGAAGUUGUAUGUGGGAUUAAAGCCAUGCCGUGUGUUCUCGUAUGGAAAUGGACGGCGUCAUCCCAGAGAUCAAAUGCAAAAUGAGUUGCUUUGCGAGCACUAGAGAAGAACAAACCACAUGCAUGCUCUAUUGUUUUUAAAAUAGGUACCAAAUCCAUCGGCAACAUGCAUUUAACUUGUAAAGUUGAAUUUCACUUCAUAUUAAAGCUCAAUCAAUCUACAUACCGAGAUGAAAAUGUCUACCACACCACAGAACGAACAUAAUCAAUAUUUCGGAGAAGGCUUUAAAAUUGCUUUCUCAAUUUUUAUGCAGAGGCAGGCAAAUGCGUUACUCGUUUUCCUCCUUGUUCCUUCAUCCUUGUUGACAACGCACAUGAAUGAGGGAAGAAAUUAUGGAGAGGCUCGUAAAAAAUGUUUAAAA